CCUGCUGACACCCAGGAGAGAGCUGCUGAAAAAACAGAUCCUGCUGCAUUUGAAGACACAUUGUUGAAACUGAAACAUUUGGAAAUGGAAGCCAGCCCAAUGUCAGUGCCCUGUUCCAACAUAAACAUCAAUAUCAACAAACAGGAUGAUGUGGUGAAAUUGACAGAUAAGUGUCUUAAUAACGCAUUUCCUGCAGACAUAAAGAGCAACAUCCUGAAGGCACAGGCAGAGGCAGCACACAAGGUCACAAGGGAGGAUAGCGUCUCAGACAAGAACUCCAAUAAUCAGGAUGCCUCUGCCAGGAGCAGCCUGAUCUCAGGGAAAGCACAGAGCAGCCUGCUGCCCACCAACCCAGUAUUUCUGGAGUCAAGAGAGGCGCUGAAAGAAAUCCCUGCCUCAAAUGCCUUCCUUCCGCAUGCACUAGAGGAAGAUAAUGCCACCUCUGGUCCUGAAGAAUCACCGAUUCCAGUUAUUCUGGCUUCCGCAGAGGAGAUUGCAGUUUUAAAGAGCAGUCCAGAUGACCUUGAUGUUUCGUUAAUAUCACUGGCGGAGAAUCUAAUUGACUUUACAGAAGCCGUUCCUCGGGUGUCUUCCCAGCCCACAGUUACACCCAGGUGGAUCGUGCCAAGUGGAAUGAUUUCCAACGGGCCUUUGGGGAAUGAUGUUUUAGCUCUAAAGGCAGUGAAAGGCAGCACGGAAGCAUUGUCGCUCUCAGCUGGCUCUCCAUCACAGCAGACAGCUGAAAUUCUUGCAAGCCCCAUCACGGAGGAUCCUGCGAUAAGGCCGAAAUGUUUACUCACCACUGAACUCUGAGAGGAAGGAUCUUCAGUGUUUCCAAUCUGCUGAAAACUCCAAUCUUCUAGCAUCUUCAAGGAGCCCUUGGAAAGAACCUUCCUGGAAUUAAGCUCUUGCUGGAUGGUGGCCACAAACAAUCAGCUGCUUUGCUGAGACUCUGGAGGGGAAACUCACCUUAUUUGCAGUUGAGCUAGAAUUUGAGUGUAAAUUAUGACUUAAAGCUCCAAGGAAGUAUGAGCUUCUCUCUGAGAUGGAAACAUACACUGGAACCAGUUCUGGGCAUGAAUAACAAAAUCUAGGAGGGUUUUAUCCAUAUUUGAUUUAAUCUCUUUACCUUUUACUGCUCCAUAGAUGGAAGGUGUCCACUGUGAUAUCAGCCCUUAGCUUUGUGGAAAAUCAUGGUUCAGGGCUUCAUAACUUGACACUUGGAGAAAUUAGAAGAACUUUUAGGGCCACCUGCUGGUCAUUAAUAUAAAUGGUGGCUAAUAGUCACGGUGACAAUUUUAUACCGUUAAGGCUGUUCUUUUCUCUGUGUAUGUGUGUCCCCUCUGCUUGUUUCCUUUUGUAUCAACAUGGACAAGUUUUCUUGGCCUUAACCCUCUUUGUAGUCUUUGCAUCUUCUCUUCACAGAACUUGGAAAUAACUGAAAAGCCAGCCCAUGGGUGCCCCUUUACCUCAUAACUGCGUUUCAUCUGCUGUUCAUAGUCAGAGAAGGGAAGAAUUCUUCUGCCAAACAGCUUAGCAUUCCUAGAGAAAGGUAUGGAGGGCCCAUAUUUUGUCCCAGACAUCUUCAUUUCCUAGAAGACUUAGCGACCCUGUUUAAAUAUAUUUUAAGCCAUAGACAUGCACCCUAGUUUGGAUGAGAAAGAGAGACCUAAGGAUGAAGGGCAUGAACAUGGGGACACUCUACAGGCUGGUCUUCUCUAAUUUGUUAUAUAUAUAUUUUUUUUUAGGGCUAGAAGGGAUUUUUCACUGUUGAUCUUGGUUCUGUGCAUGUUUCCAGCUGCUGUUGUUUAGGAAUAAUCAACUCACUGGUUAGUGGCACAAACAGAACAGUUAAUAGGCCCCUGCAUUCUGUUCUAAACUUUGAUAGCAGGUGUGGGUGGGAGCAAGAAUGGAAAGAGAUCAGGUGAGAACAGAAAGAGGAUCAAGGGUCCAAUGUCUCCUAAUGGCAGUUCCCCAGCAUUUCUGUAGGUGGAAGGUCGGAGCGUUUAAGCAAGAAUGUUGACCAGACUACCCAUUGCAAAGUGCUGGCCUUCCUGUAGCAAUGGUGAAAGUAUCUGCUGGCCAGCAUGGAAUAGGAUAUGAACAGUAGGUCAGCUUGAAGAGACUAUUAGGGCUGCAGGCAGCAGGGUUCCCAGCAGACAUCAUUUAGGUCCUGUGAUGAGUGAUAUAGAAGAUUAUUAACACAAGGCCAAAGGAAGGAGAAGGAGCCUAGUUGGACCAUAGAUUGAUACCCUUCAUUAUCAUUAGUGUAGACUGACAGGAAUGCAUAAUUGAAAUUGCAAGGGCACUAGGCUUCUGUUUUUGUGACGGGGCCAGAAGCUGGCCCCUGCGUAGAGCCAUGUUUUAUAUUUACAUGCAGAUAGUUAGUGUUAGUGGAAACAUUUUAAAGAAAGUUUUUAAACUUUUAACUAAAUUCUGCACCUAUCUAAAUGUGGAAAAUAAAAACUGGACUAAGCCACUGUGGUGGGAUGCAAGAGUGGGUUAGCUGUGGGUUGGCUUUUCCCUCAGCAUAAGAAUUCUGCUGCUGAAUAUGGCUGGUUCUGCAAGAUCCUUAUCGAGAGUGAUCUUGUUAAGGAAGGAGUUGCUGAUCCUACAUCGCCACUCCUCGGUCUCUUCCCCUCCCUUACCUCAAAGGCCUUGUGUAGAGAAGUAUAGAAAACAUGAGUAGCAGUGAGGCUUGGAAGACCAGGCUGUGAUGGUGUGUGGACAGUGGUUCUCAGGCAGUGCUACAGGAUCCAGUGCCGGGGAUCUGUGACUGGUAUUGCAGAUUUUCCCACACACUCUACUGCACUGAUUGAGAGAGGUAUUGAGUCCUCACUGACUCCAGUACAACUUCCCCUCACUCCCAUUCAACUGUACCCACGGCAGUAGAGCUUUGGAUUGUUUGCUCCUUCCAAGCUUUGCUGCAGUUUAGGAUGCAUGUGGCUUUCUGGCUCAGAUUUUAGUCUGGAUUAAUACACUUGCCCAAAAAGGUUGCUGCAGGAACAAAGCCAUUACUGUGACGGAGAAACGUGGCACUUCCUGUUGAACCAUUUGCUCAGCAGCUUCACCUGCCUGAGAGAUCUGUUGGUGAGGUCAGAAUUUUAAUUUAAGACCAGUUUGUUAGUUGAUGCAGCAGGUUGAAGUGAACUGUGUGCUUGCCUCAGGCACCUCUUACGAAAAUAAAAUAGUGAAGCAUAGUUUGUAGCUAGGGCCCUGCCAAAUUCACAGAGCAUUAUGGUCUAUUUCAGUCAUAGGAUUUUAACAACUGUACAUUUUUUUCAGAUAUUUAAGUCCAAAACUUUAUGAUGUUAUAAUUUUAGGGCUCCUUACCCAAAAAGGAGUUGGGAGCUGUGGUAUUGCUUCCCUUUGGCACUGCUGCUGGUGGCAUUCCCUUCAGAGCUGAGCUGCCAGAGAGCAGCGCCUGCUGGCCAGGAAGCCAGCUCUGCCUUCAGAGCUGCUACCAGCAGCAGUGCAGAAAUAAGGAUGGCAUGGUAUGGUAUUGCCACCCUUACUACAGUGCUGCUGCUGGAAGGGCACCACCUUCAGAGCUGGGCACCCAGACAAUAGCUGCUGCCCUCUGGCCGCCCAGGUCUGAAGACCAUGCUGAAGUUAGGGUGUUAGUACUGCAACACCCCUCCCCCCCCAAAAUAACCUGGUGCACCCUCCUCCCACCCAACCCCCCUGUAACCUCUUUUUGGAUCAGGAUGUCAGUUUGAGAAAUGCUGGGUUCCCCUGUGAAAUUUGUACAGUAUAGGACAAAAGCACACACAAGACCAGAAUUCAUGGUCCAGUAUGGUUUUUUGGCAGUGAAUUUGGUAGGGCCCUAUGCAUAUGAUGUGCAAUCCUUCCCUAGUGAUCUGUGCCCAGUAAAUUAUACAUGGUGGUGAAAGUAUUGAGGCCCUAAAUCUAAAUAACUUAAAGUGGCAAAAACCUGAAUUAAUUAGUGUGAUCUUUUAAAGCCCUCAGUACUGUGGCAGGGGUUUUCCCCAAAGUAGUUAGUGAGUUUAGAUGCUUGGAUUUUUGGGUGUUCAGCUUCAGGUAUUUGGGAUGAAAUUUUGGCCCCACUGAAGUCAAUGGCUAAAUUCCUGCCAACUUAAAGGAGCAAGGAUUUUAAUCCCCUUCCCCCCUCCCUCCCCAACACACACACACUUACUUUACUAAUUUUUAAUUCCAUUCAUUAAAUGUUACAUUUUACCUCUUCCCCCUUUACUGUGUUGGUCUUUAGUUUCUAGAUAUGAAACAGAGUUUAGUAAAACACUUUGCUGUUAAAAUGUGACUAUUGUAAAAACAUUGCAGAAGUAUGGCUGGACCACAUGACCACCUUGAUCAUGGAAUGUAAAUAGAAAUUAACCUUAUUAGAAGUGAUGGCUCUUGAAGCUCCAGCGCUGAUCUUUUGAUGAGCACUACAGAAGCAGGUUGAAGUCUAAAAUAUUUAGUAAUUUCCAUUGAAAUGCUUAUAUAGUGAAUUCCAUAGCUACUUACAUCAUAUGCUGUGUUAUGCCAUAUACAUACAGCAUAAGAUUUAGAGUGCAGGAUCUUGGAGACCAAAAGGAAUAUGGCUCUAAUUAGUAGGACAGGCAGUUGCAAGCAAUAUGUACGCAUUGGCCAGUUGCAGUACAGAUGUAUGUAUCAAUUUCUAUAAAUAUAAGCAUUAGCCUAUGUAGCACAGUAGGACUUUAUUUUGGACACAUUUUCUGAUCAAGUAACUUGGGAAGGGAAAAACUUGCUGCUCCAGGAAAAACUCUGGAUAAUACUCCAGUUUAAAUGUGGAGUUCUUUCCACAAACCUCCUUCUUUCAGUCUAGUUCUCCUCUUGCUGCACACACCACUUUAUCUCUAGCCCAUUGUAAACUCUUGCAGGAGAUAUGCUGUACUACAUGGUCAUCCUUCCCCUUUGCAAGAAGUACAGGCCUAUGUUGUCAUGUAGCAAACUUAUAUUUCCAUCAGUACAAGUUAGGACAGUGAGCUAGCACCUGUGUCUUUUGACCAACUAGCAUUUAAGGUUCAGCUUGUCACGUCAUAGAUGUUUUAUAAGAACUUCUUGGAUUAGCACCCAGCUCUGUUAGCACCACACAAUCCCACCCAAGGCCUUCCACAGGUAGCUGGACAACAGUAAAUUUGUAGCCAAAAAAAAUCCUUGUUAAUGGCCUUUGUUAAACUGGGUUAUGCUUGCAACACUAAGAGUAGCAGAGUGCUUAGGUCACAUAAGAAGACCCAACAGAUGCAUGUUUAAAAAUUUCUAACACAACAGCCAUUUGAAGAUGUGACAAGCUCAGAAAUACAUUACUGUCUGCUAAACCAUGGGAGUGGUUUUCUGGCCCAGAAUAAUCCUCAUUCAAUUUGAACCUUUCUUAGGACUCUAAUUACAGGCCUGCUCACUCAACUGAGUUGAAGUUAAAUGACUUUCGUAGGCAUACUAGGUUUUUAUGGUUAGAAAGCAGGCAGGCAGUUAGUCUGCAUUUGAGACCUGUGAUCUAGAGCACUGGGCAUUAGCAUUGGGACACUGGGCAUCAAAAUAUUCCCCUUCAGUUCAAGUGCUGAAGCACCAUCAAAUGAGGGGGAGAGCAGGCAUUGUAGGAGUCUGAUGUUCCCAGCCAUUUUACUCUCUGGCUGAGCACUUUCCUGCUUUGGUUUCCUCCUACACACACAACUAAUUACCCUUGAAAAUCACACCAACGAUUGUAUUUUUACAUUUUAUAUGUAAAGCUUGACACUAGCUCAACGUAUAAUUUAUUUGUUUUUAUAAAGUGCACCCUCCUGCUUCACGAUGAUAGCCACUGUGUAACUGUAUUAGAGGCACUGCACUGAGUUUCGCAUUGAGUCUGUACAUGGGAACAAGAACUGUGAUUUGUAGUCCACUCAGAAUCAAUUGUGAAUUGUUGCUACUGUAGUUUUCUCUUAAAUACAUUACAUCUGUGCAACAU